CCCUCUCUCCUCCUCAUUAUGGACAGAGCUUCCCUUGAACUGAAAGGCAGCAGGACCAGUGGAUAUGAGAACAAUCAGAGCCCAGUUAUGUUUGGGGAUCAUAAGUUACAUUCUGUUCCAAGGGAGGCACUGAUCCUGAACCAUACAGCAGAAGGGACUAGGGUUAGAAGGAAGAACUUUCCUCUAGGGAAGUGACUGACCCUUUGAAUCAGAGACUAACGAAGACCAUGACACAAGGCCAGAGUCAGCUUCCCUGGAGUUCUUAAAGAAGUGAAUUCAUCUUUCUUAUCCUGGGCUGGAGGAGCUGAUCUUUAUGGAGGCAGGAGAAUGGAUGUGAUGACUCUAGAGGGUCCCUGUUUUAUUAUUAAAGGUGUCUUCUCCCAAAGCUCACGAGCUCAGAGCCCUGGAUUUCAGCAGGGUAGUGAGUCUCCCAGCUUCACAGCUCAUGCAGCACCUCAGUCCACCACAGGCAUCACAGCAUCUUUGAGGAUGUCCUCAUUGGUUACCACAGUGAGGGGUGAGUCAUCAAGUCCGAGACCAUCCACCUUGCAUAGCCUCCAACCUUCUUCCUUUGGCCCUACCAUGAAGACCCAGCCACAAGAAGCCACCUCUGGGCGAGGCACAAGUGUCCCGAGUUAUAAAAUCCGGGAAAGAUCCCAGAUCCCCACUUUUGCAGUUACAUCCUCAGACAUUAUUCCCAAAUCAACCAUAAUGGACUUGAGAGCAACUGAAAAACCUAUCUUGCCCACCCCAACAUCUGAGACUGUGCUUACUGUGGCAGCAUUUGGAGUCAUCACCUUCAUCAUCAUACUGGUGGUUGUAGUGAUUAUCCUGGUCAGUGUGGUCAGCCUGAGGUUCAAGUGUCGGAAAAACAAAGAAUCAGAAGACCCCCAGAAGCCAGAGAACUGUGGAAUGUCUGAAAGCUCUACAGCCAUUGGGGAGAAGGACACCAGCAUCACCCUCAUCUCUAUGAAGAACAUCAAUUCAAAUAAUAACAAGGGCAGCUACACAGAAGAGAAGGUUCUAUAAAGUUGAGCCUCAGUAACAAGGACCCAGGAAGCAGCUACUCCAUGACUAUGAUGUGGAUUAUUGGACUGAUGUGGGAAGGAAUGAAAGGCACGAUGCAUUCUAUUCAAAUUAUUUCAUUUCAAAUCCAUACUUGAAUCUCAAAGGACAUAAACCUGUUUAAAUCUGAGAGCAGAAUCUCCCAAUUUUGAAUAUAAACAGUAACUUCAGAAACAUACCUUGUUCCUCCCACUUCCUUGCGGUUGGAGAGAAGAGACAUCUACAGGGCAGGGGACAAAUAGGUCUUUUGUUUGGAGUAGAGAAUAUUUGUACUUUUCACUUUUAAUAGAAUUAAAAUUAUUUUUUGGUCUGCA